UACAGCCGUCAAGUUCGGCAGACACAUCUAAACGCCUUGAAUCGUAGUAGGCCUAGCUGUCAUUGCUUGUUCGUCAAAAUGCUGGGGAAUAUGCAUAAGAAUGUAGGGCUGUCGAUGCUUUUUGUACAGGUACUUUCGGUAUAUGGAAGUCAAACUGAAAAUCAAGAUCUAGGUGGUACACAUAUAGUCCGCCCGUUUGUCUCCACCCAGGAUGGAACGUUUGUAUCUUUCGAAUUAUAUAACGAGGCUGAUGAGAUCCAGCAAGACUUCAACCGAAUGCGACGAAAUGCAGUGCCACAACAAGACGAACGAAAGUACUUUGGGCUUAAUUUUGAAGGUGUCAUCCUGGUCCUAAAUUUGACCAAAAAUGAGCACAUACUCGGCCCGGCGUUCUCAGUGGAGACAGCAACUGAGGAUGGAAUUGUGAACGUUCGCGCAUCACAUGAAAAACAAUGCUUUUAUAUUGGCAGUAUUGUAAGCGACGCUUUAUCUGAAGCUGCCAUAAGUACAUGUGAUGGAAUGAAUGGCAUAUUCAAAUAUCAAGGUGCAGAAUAUAUUAUCGAACCCGAAAGACGAGAUAGGGAAAACAGUGAAGAAGGUACGCCUCACAAAAUUACUCAACUCGAGCAAGACGAAGACAACGUCUUUGAUCUUAGACACGAUUCCGUAAAACCGACGAUUCACAAGAAAAAAGCUGAUAAGACUUCGAAAAGGAGGCAAAGACGUGCAGUCAACAAGUACUACGCCGAAGUGAUUGUCAACGUCGACUACUCCAUGCAAGAAUUCCAUCGAAGUAGGGAUCUGAAGGAAUACGUCUUAACCUUAAUGAAUAUUGUCGAUCAGACAUUCCACCAUCAAAGUCUUGGAGUUGAAAUCAACUUUAUUGUCACAAAAAUGGUUAAAGUUGGCCAAUCUGUGUCGUCAAAAAUGAUAGUAACCGAUAGUAUGGAAAAAAGUCUAGCCAAGGCAUGUGCCUGGUCCAGCCGAAGUACUUAUCAAGAGAAUGGCAUCGGCAAAAAGCCUGACAUCAAUAUUUACAUGACAAGAUUGCAGACAAAACGAGCUGGAUAUGCACUCGUGGGUACUGUGUGUGAGGGUCGACAGAGCUGUGUUAUUAGUAAAGAUUCAGGACUUCGAUCAGCGCUUGUACUGGCCCACGAAAUUGGCCAUUUACUAGGGUUUGAGCAUGACAACGCCAAGUCCGGAUGUCUGAGCGAUGCUUCACGGGGAUCUCUAAUGGCUGACAAGAUAACAUCCCGGCUGGCGGGUUACUUUUGGUCAUCGUGCAGUGCAAGUGUCCUGAAAAAGAACAUCUCAAGCUACACAUGCUUACACGACAAUCCUUUCACUGGAGGAUUGCGACAAGACACUCUACCAGGAAUAAAGUUCUCGCUGGAUGACCAGUGCUAUUUUAUGCAUGGUGGGAACUUCGCGCACUGUCCCUGGGCAAAUAAGGAAUUUAAUAAAGAUCCAUGCGAACUUCUCCUAUGCAGUUCUAAGGAUAACCGUAACUACUGUCUCCACGACCUCGCUCAAACGCCCCCCUUAGAGGGAACUGAAUGCGGGGAAAAAAUGUGGUGCAGAAGAAAUACUUGUGUAGCGAAGACGGCUCCAAAGGAAACGCCUAAGCAGGAAAAGGAAACGCCGAAGAAUGAGAAGGAAACGCCAAAGGAGAAGGAAAAGAAAAAGUUUUCAUGGGAGCCCAAGGGAUGGACCGACUGUUCGAAGUCAUGUGGAAAAGGCUGGACUUAUAAAAGGUUUCAGUGCAGACGACUCAGUGAUGAUAAGAUCGUCAACAGCAAAGCUUGCAACAAAGAAAAUUACGAUCAAAAGUCAGUCAAGAAGGAGUGUAAUUCCAAAGCGUGUCCCUCCGGAAAAAAAGAUAAGCCCAAAUUCGCUUGGAAAUCUUCGAAAUGGUCAGAAUGCAGCGCAACGUGUGGAAGCAAGGGUAAACAAACCAGGAAAGUGAAGUGUGUACGAACUGUGAACGGAACCACCAAAUCGGUGAACGUCUCCAAAUGUAAAGAAAAUAAACCGAGCACAAAAAAGAACUGCAAUCGCACUCCAUGCAAGGGAUAGGUAUCCACAAUAAAUACGCCAUUUGAGAACUAUAUUUUGGGCAUCCUUUUAAAAUGUCUGGCCAAAAACGAAACAGAUCAUAAAAUUAUUAUAUUUUAUCGCGAUUUCAAGAAAAAAUAUAUAUUUUGUACCCGAAAUACUUUUGUCUCUGUUUGGUGGUUUGACUUCAACUCCAAAGCAAUGGUGAUAAACUAUUCUUCGAUCUGUUAUUAUAAUCCAUCCCAUAAUAUUUCCUUAACUUUGUAUUCGUUUGUUUAAAAAAAGUUACUGUACUUCAGUUCGUGUAGAAAGUGUGCACAUGCUAUUUGAAAAUGAGAUGAUUUCAUAUUAUUAAUUUAAUUACAGUCUCAUAAAAUGACGUUUUAAAAAAAUAUCAUUAAAUUAUGGGAAUAUUAUUAAUAAUAAUAUUAUUGAUAUUAAUAUUAUUAUUAAUAUUAUCAUCAACACUGUAUCACUAUAAUUGUCAAACAUUAUCGUUGUCAUAACCAUUAUCAUUAUAUUUACUAGCUUUACAUUUAUUAGCUUUAGGCCUAUUAUUAUUAUUAUUAUUAUUAUUAUUAUUAUUAGGUUUAUUAUCAUUACACCUAUUACUAUUAGUUGUUGUAUUAUCAUCAUAAUCAUUAUCAUCAUCAUUAUUAUCAUCAUUAUGGUGUGUAUUCAUGAGAGACAAUUUUAAAUCAAUUAUUCUGAAAUUAUCCGUCAAUUUCUUGUUUUCGUGGCUAAAGUAGUCACAAAGAUUAUAAAAUGUGCACACUUUAUCAUGCACAGGAAAUCAAGCUAGUGAAAUUUGUAUCAUGAAUUGAUAUUCAGACUCACUAAGGGCAUACGUUCGAUUUUCUUGUUAAGGUGCCAACUUUUAUCUAUGCAAAAUAUUGUUGUUUCUAAAGACUGCUGAAAGUAGUGGCGUAACAGAGAGGCCCGAGGCCCUGCCUAAAGCGUCUGGGCCCUUUCUAUCCUGGGGGCUGGGGUGCGUAAAGCCCCGUCCGCUUCUGUAUGUAUGUAUGUACGUUUUAAAAGUGUACUGCGAUACUUUUUACACUUUUGAUUUAUUAUUGAGCUCCGUUAUGCCGAUUUGGGGCCCAUGGUACUGACAAAAAAUCGAUUAAUGUCCCCGAGCCAUUAACGUCCGGGCCCUUGGCUUUAAAAAUUGAGAACACUGCCUUACAUUUUAACAUGAUUUAUUUUGCUCGUGUGAGCUACAGUACUGUGGGCAUUAUAAUUACAAAUAAUGAGCAAAGACCUUUCCUGUUUAGUUGUCUUCUCAAUGUUGAUUAAUAACCGUAAAAUUAUUGUUUUAAUUAAGCUAAAUUGUCAAUGUUUACAAAUUCAGUUACAAUAUUACGUAACAUACCCUAAACGCAUAGUAGGUCCUUCAAUUCAGUAAGUUUAUAGCGCUAAGUUAGUAAAGCGGCCGAGCCGCCAGACAAGUUUCUCACAUCAAACAUUGACUACGGUUCCUAACAAUGCUAUCGUCAUUACUUUAAGCUCAACUUAGAGGUAGACAAGAAGUCAAUAAGCAGUUUUUAUGUUUGCCAAUUGUCAAUUAUUUUUAAAAGCGCUCUAGAGCAUUGUGGUUUUGUCUUAUCUCCUCUGAUUGGAAAGCCUAGGCCUGGCACUCACUGCGUCGUACGGAGAAUCCAACUCCGCUCCCUGUGUGAGCGGUAGACGAAACGAUGCCGUUGUGCGUGCGUCGUGGCGUCGCGUCCGUUAUAGAAUCGCGUCGCCCGACGGCCUUCGGGCCCAUUGUUUUGGCUCUGCCUACUGUGAACAAAAUACGAAAUUGUUCUUCAUUAACCGACACACUAAGCUCCAAUGUGAAUAUAGAAUGGUAAUAAGGAGGAUAAGCAAAAUUAUUAGGAGUGACAGUCCUGUAACUAAUAGGCACUUUACGCAAGAGGACGGGGAUCCUUCGACAACAGCAAUUCGGGAAGCGCCCAAGUGUUUACUGUGGUCUUCAUGCUCUGAUGAGGACAGAACCACCGUCCACCCGUCUGCUCGUCCUGGUGCGUAAAGUGCCUAAAUUUAAAAAAAAAAACCAAACAAAAAAAAAAAAAAAAAAAAAAACCUGUUCGAUAUUUAAACACCAAAAGAUGGCGUUUCUGUAAUUGAUUGUAGUACAGGAAGCGUAACAUCAAUGAAACAGAAGCACGGGUUUAGUACGCACAUAAUUUUUAACUCUUGGGGAAGCACCUUUCAGGGAAAAUGGUAAUUUAAUCACCAGUAAAGAAUGUUAUACGAUGGCCACACCUACGUUAAAGAUACAACAUUGUAAACAUGUUUUUCUUAACGCAUACUCUUAGUUAAUUAAAAUAAAUUGAAUGAAGAAUAAAAUCUGUAAAUGUACUGAGUCACGUUUCUUGGGUUAAACAUACUUGGAUUAUUCUUCACUUGUGUUAAUACAGUAUUAUUAAUGUUCCUAAAAAUCUUGAAAUUUAUGUAAAAUAAAUUUAUCAAUAAUGUUUACAAACAAA